AUGGAGGCGCGCGGGGAGCUGGACCCGGGUCGGGAGUCGGCAGGCGGCGACCUGCUGUUGGCACUGCUGGCGCGGAGAGAGGACCUGCGCCGAGAGAUCCCGCUGUGUGCCGGCUGUGACCAGCACAUCCUGGACCGCUUCAUCCUGAAGGCUCUGGACCGCCACUGGCACAGCAAGUGCCUCACAUGCAGCGACUGCCACGCGCCUCUGGCCGAGCGCUGCUUCAGCCGCGGGGAGAGCGUCUACUGCAAGGACGACUUCUUCAAGCGUUUCGGGACAAAGUGCGCCGCGUGCCAGCUGGGCAUCCCGCCCACGCAGGUGGUGCGCCGCGCCCAGGACUUCGUGUACCACCUGCACUGCUUCGCCUGCGUCGUGUGCAAGCGGCAACUGGCCACGGGCGACGAGUUCUACCUCAUGGAGGACAGCCGGCUAGUGUGCAAGGCGGACUACGAGACGGCCAAGCAGCGAGAGGCCGAGGCCACGGCCAAGCGGCCGCGCACGACCAUCACGGCCAAGCAGCUGGAGACGCUGAAGAGCGCCUACAACACGUCUCCGAAGCCCGCGCGCCACGUGCGCGAGCAGCUCUCGUCCGAGACGGGCCUGGACAUGCGCGUCGUGCAGGUGUGGUUCCAGAACCGCCGCGCCAAGGAGAAGCGGCUCAAGAAGGACGCGGGCCGGCAGCGCUGGGGGCAGUACUUCCGCAGCAUGAAGCGCGCCCGCGGCGGCGCCAAGUCCGACAAGGACAGCGUCCAGGACGAGGCGCAGGACAGCGACGCCGAGGUCUCCUUCACCGAUGAUCCGUCCAUGGCCGAAAUGGGCCCUGCCAACGGCCUCUACAACAGCCUGGGAGAGCCCACCCCGGCCUUGGGCCGGCCCUCAGGAGCCCCGGGCAGCUUCCCGCUGGAGCACGGAGGCCUGGCCGGUCCCGAUCAGUACCGCGAGCUGCGCCCCGGCAGCCCCUACGCUGUGCCCCCAUCUCCAGCUGCCCUGCAGAGCCUCCCUGGCCCCCAGCCCCUCCUCUCCAGCCUGGUGUACCCGGACGCUGGCGUGGGCCUCGUGCCUGUGGGGGCCCCGGGCGGGCCCCCGCCCAUAAGAGUGCUGGCAGGGAACGGACCCAGCUCCGACCUGUCCACCGGGAGCAGCGGGGGCUACCCCGACUUCCCAGCCAGCCCUGCCUCCUGGCUAGACGAGGUGGAGCACGCUCAGUUCUGACCGAGGCCCCGGCUCCACCGAGCCCGGACGUGAGGGGUGUGAGCCGCAGCUCGGCCUCGCCGGGAGUCCUGGAGCUGCGCUCUCCCUCUUUCCGAAGCCCUGGACCUCUGCUGGCAAUAGGUGCCACGGGUGGCCGCGGGGACAGGAUGAGGAUGUCAAAUGAGGGCUCGUUUCUGUGGAGCGCCCAACCCACAGCCCCUCCCUGGGGCAGAGGGACUGGCUGGCUGGCUCCCGUCCAUGCCCACUCCUGGGACACAGGUCUCACCCGCCUGGUGGCUGCCCAGGAAGCCUUGUUUUGUAAGCAGAUUUCUCCCUUUAUUGACCCAUUAACCGAGCUCUCGCUGCUAUUUCCCGACAUGAAAUGUCACCCACCCAGGCUGGGCCUUUGCUCCAGGGCCCCACAGGCUGGGAGAUGCUUUAAUUUCUAAAAUUAAAAAAUAGUAACUGUGCUUUCAUUUCCCAGGCUCCAUAUGUCUGCCUUUCUCUCCCUCCCCACCCCUGCCACCCGCCCCUGCUUUAGGUCAUCUGUCCAGAAGAGAGGGGGCAGGGGUCUGUGCCUGUGUCCUUCCCGGCUCCCUGGGGCCUCUCUGUGGCCAGCCCCCCUUCCCCAGGAGGCUCCUCACCCCCUCCCUGGGGCAGCUGGCUCUAGAUCUUUCCUUCUAGGCUCCACUGCCCUGCCGGAGACUCCCUGGGAGCUCUUCUGCUCUCUGAGCCCAGAAGAGGCUCCCUCCCGGCCCAGACUAAGUUUUCGUGCCCA